CCUUUUGGGGUGAGUUUUAAACUGGUUGAUCAACAUCGAUGGAAGGUGAUAUCAACCAGAAGCUGCUUAACGGAGCCGACACGACAGAAGGAGAAGAACUGACGUUUAGAGAAAAGAUAUGGACAGAGUCAAAGAAGAUGUGGGUUGUGGCCGCCCCUGCAAUCUUCACCAGGUUUUCGACCUUUGGUGUAACUGUAAUCAGUCUAGGUUUUGUUGGUCAUAUCGGUCCUACUGAGCUUGCUGCUUAUUCCCUUUGUGUCACUGUCCUUCUAAGGUUCGGCAAUGGUAUUUUGUUGGGGAUGGCAAGUGCAUUGGAAACACUAUGUGGUCAAGCUUUUGGUGCAAAACAAUACCAUAUGCUGGGGAUAUACCUUCAAAGAUCAUGGCUGAUUCUAUUCUUGACUGCAUGUUGUCUUCUCCCUUUAUUCCUCUUCACCACCCCGAUUUUCAUAGCUUUAGGCCAAGAUGAAAAGAUUGCACAUGUGUGUGAUUACAUUAGCCGUUGGUUCAUCUUCAUUGUCUUCUCUUUCAUCAUCUCGUUCACCUGCCAAAUGUUCCUGCAAGCACAGAGCAAGAACAUGAUCAUUGCAUACUUGGCCGCUUUCUCCGUCGGGAUUCAUAUCCUUCUUUCAUGGCUUUUGACCGUGAAAUUCAAGUAUGGGCUCGCCGGAGCUUUGUUUUCCACCGUUUUGGCCUAUUGGAUACCCAAUAUAGGGCAGAUUUUGUUUGUUACUUGUGGUGGGUGCAAAGAGACUUGGAAGGGUUUCUCAAUGUUGGCUUUUAAGGAUCUUUUCCCUUUAGUAAAGCUGUCCUUGUCAUCUGGUGUUAUGCUUUGUCUCGAACUCUGGUACAAUACGAUCUUGGUUCUUCUAACCGGAAACUUGAAAAAUGCUCAGGUCGCCAUUGAUGCUCUUGCCAUUUGCCUCAACAUUAAUGGAUGGGAAAUGAUGAUGUCACUUGGUUUCUUGGCUGCUGCAAGUGUAAGGGUGUCAAAUGAGCUUGGGAGAGGAAGUGCCAAAGGUGCCAAGUUUUCGAUCAUAGUGACGACUCUUACAUCGCUUGCCAUCGGCUGCGUGCUGUUCGUGGUGUUCUUGUGCCUCCGAGGACGUUUAGCGUACAUUUUCACCACCAGUGAGGAAGUAGCAGAAGCAGUUGCUGAUAUAUCUCCAUUGUUGGCAUGUUCCAUUCUUCUAAACAGUGUUCAACCCGUGCUCUCCGGGGUUGCGGUUGGAGCUGGAUGGCAGAGCACCGUAGCAUGGGUUAACAUUGGCUCGUAUUAUAUAGUCGGCAUUCCCAUUGGUGUUGUGCUUGGAUACGUUUUGGAUAUGCAUGUUAAGGGUGUUUGGGUUGGCAUGUUACUAGGAACAUUGCUUCAAACUGUUGUUCUCAUCGUUAUCACCUACAAAACCGACUGGGAUAGACAGGUGGUUUUAGCUCGAACUCGAAUCAAUAAAUGGUUCGUACCUGAAUCUAGAGGAGAGAACGACGGCCGUACUGACAAUGUGGAUGCCUGAGAAUCUCCAUAAUCUCUGUUCUUGGAAUUUGUUGCUUUAAAUUUUGGUUCUAAAUUGCCAUCGUCACUGUUACAAUUGUGGUGUUGUGAUUGGUUUUCGUGGAUAUGAAAGAAUUUGAUAAACUCGCCAAACAUAUAAAAUGUGUUGUUUAGUUUGCUUAACUCGAUAGGAAUAUAAUUAAUAUUUUUCAA